AAGAAGCUGCUGCUCUGUUUUUUUUGCUCUGCGUCUACAAUGGAGAGACACAAGUGUAAGCUUUGCUUCAGGAUCUUCGGUAAUGGAAGAGCUUUGGGUCGUCACGUGAGGUCUCACAUGCUGAAUCUUCCAGUUCAUCCAAACCCAGAACCAGAACAAGAAGAAGAAGACCUGCAGAAUCAACUCAGUGAAGAAGCUGACUCUGCUUCUUCUUUUUCUUCAUCUGAUGAUGAUGAAGAAGAACAAGAAGAACAAGAAGGAGAAGAUAAUUCGGAGAAGGGUUUGUCUUAUGGUCUCAGAGAGAAUCCAAAGAGAAGUAUUCGAUUAGUAGAUCCUGAAUUUUCUUUCGCAGUUGAUGCUGGUUCUGUUGUUGUUCAAGACAGAGAAAGCGAGACCGAGUCAUCAAAGAACCCAACUCGGAGAAGAUCCAAGCGAACUCGGAAAUUGAUCGAGCACCAUCAGUAUUAUAAGCACCAGAAUCAAGAACAAGACAGCUUGAAGAAGCUUAAAUUUCACAAACUGAGUAAGUCCGAGUCAUGGGCAGAGCCUGAACCGGUAAGUUCGAUCUCCGAUGCCACCACAGAAGAAGAUGUAGCUUUCUGUCUUAUGAUGCUUUCGAGGGACAAAUGGAAGAAAAAACAAAAACUUUUCAAUGGACAAGAACAUGAAGAAUUAGAGGCAGAGGAAGAAACAGAUGAAUCCGAUGAGUUCAAAUCAAGCAAGAGCAGAACUAGAGGAAAGUACAGAUGCGAAACAUGUAAGAAAUCGUUCAAGUCUUAUCAAGCACUUGGUGGGCACAGAGCGAGUCACAAGAAAAUCAAAGCAACCAUUAAUGGUCAAGAGCCCGAGUUUUUGGAAACAGGGCAUAAUUCAGGUCCUCACAAGAAGAUCCAUGAAUGUCCUUAUUGUUAUAGAGUUUUCUCUUCAGGACAAGCACUUGGUGGGCAUAAGAGAUGCCAUCUAAUUACCACUACUCCAGCUAGAAAUUCCUCCAUAACCAACAAUUUCAUAGAUCUUAACUUGCCAGCACCAAUGGAAGAUGGCGACAGUACCCAAAUCGAACUUUCUGCACUUUCUGAUGCUGAAUUUGUUAACCAUGUUAGGUGAUGAAGGUCAAGUGUUUGAUGAUCAAAAUUGUUGCCACUUUUAUUGGACCCAGGAGGAUGCCAAUUUGACAUUAUCAACUGGGUUUAAUUAUCUUGUUCUUCUUUGUAUUUGACUAUGAUAAAAAUCCUAACUCUAAUUCACUUCAGAAUGAAUGGAAUUCAGUGGCAUUGUUU